GUCACCCCCGGGUGUCUUCAUGAUCGGAGCCAGGACAUAAGAAGAAAGAAAUUAUAAUAGCCUACCAGUAACGCAUCGGAUUUUUUUGUAUUAGUGUUGCUUCACCGACCUUUCCUUUCCUUCUUAUUUCCUCGGUUGAUUUCACCUCUUUGUCUUUCGGUUGUGUGUGUUUUUUUGUUUUGUUUUAUUUAUUGUUUCGUUUCGCUGGCUGUUGCAGAGGAGCGCCACCAUCCUGCACUGCCUGACAUGAGUACGCUCUUUUAUCCAGUUGCAGCGGAAUGACACACAUAUCCUAGCCCGCAUCUCAAAAGGUUGAUGGAAGAUUGACGAUCCAUUUGCACGGUUUUAGUAGCCAAGAUCAAACUCCAUCUGCAGAGGUUUCGGAUUUCCCACCUCUGAGCUGAUCAUCCGCCGCUCCAGCGUUUCAUUCUUUCUGUCCCUGCGCAGCAUCUCUGUACGCACGGCGCACCACGGAGAAACGCGCAGCUAACCUUCCCCGUCCGUAAGAAACAGGCGUAUUUUCCAAUUCCUAAAUCGCUUUUGCCUUCUGCAAGGACUCAUCUGCACGUCUACGUUGCGUAAAAAAAACGGGAAAAGGGGGGAUUUAAACGCAAACGCAGCCCAAGCAUCCAAGAGCAAGCUCGAAAAUGAUGGCCGGCGGAGCAGUACAGCAAAACGGGAUUUUCUCAAAUCCUCACCAUCACAACCAACAACCACACAUGGAGUCCGAUCCCCCGGACUCACGUAAAAGACCCCUGGAGACUCCGACGGAGGCCAGCAGCACCAAACGCACAAACACGGGAGUGGCCUUCCUGCAGCCCCUUUUUGAAACUGAAGGCAUUGUUUUCCCUCACCAAGAAACUGAGACUCAUGAGGAAGGCGAGUACUUCCUGAAGGUUUUGAUUCCCAGCUAUGCAGCCGGUUCGAUCAUCGGGAAGGGAGGUCAGACCAUUGUCCAGCUGCAGAAAGAGACCGGAGCCACCAUCAAACUGUCCAAAUCCAAAGACUUCUACCCCGGGACGACAGAGCGGGUGUGUCUGAUCCAGGGGACAGUGGAGGCGCUGAACGGUGUCCAUGACUUCAUCGCUGAGAAGGUGAGGGAGAUGCCUCAGAGCACCCAGAAGACAGAGCCGGUCAGCAUCCUGCAGCCGCAGACCACCGUCAACCCAGACCGCGUCAAACAGGCCAAGCUGAUUGUCCCCAACAGCACGGCAGGGCUGAUCAUCGGUAAAGGUGGAGCUACAGUCAAGGCAGUGAUGGAGCAGUCUGGGGCUUGGGUCCAGCUAUCCCAAAAGCCUGAGGGCAUUAACCUACAGGAACGUGUGGUCACCAUCAGCGGGGAGCCCGAGCAGAAUCGCAAAGCCGUAGAGAUCAUCGUCCAGAAGAUCCAGGAGGAUCCACAGAGCUCCUCCUGCCUAAACAUCUCUUAUUCCAACAUCACGGGGCCUGUCGCCAACUCUAACCCCACUGGCUCCCCGUACGCCAACUCUACCGAGGUUAUGCCGGCCGCAGCAGCCGCUGCAGCAGCUACUGCUUCCUCUCUGCUAGGCCAAGCCAGCCUGGCUGGGGUCGGGACUUUCCCGACUACCAUGUCCAGCCUCUCAGGCAAUGACCUGUUGGCCAUCACCUCCGCCCUCAACACUCUGGCCAGCUAUGGCUACAACACCAACUCCUUGGGCCUGGGGCUGAACCCUGCUGCAGCCUCAGGGGUGUUAGCUGCUGUAGCAGCUAAUGCAAACCCAGCAGCGGCUGCCGCAGCUAAUUUGUUAGCAUCCUACGCCAGCGAUGCAACCACCAGCGCAGCUCACCCAGCGGCUGGUCUCGGAGGCUUCUCCCUGGGAUCCCUGGCUGCUGCUACAGGGGCCACCAAUGGCUACUUAAGCGCUGCAUCGCCACUGGUGGCAUCAUCUCUACUAGCCACAGAAAAGCUAGCAGAAGGAGCAAAGGAAGUGGUUGAGAUCGCUGUGCCAGAAAACCUGGUGGGAGCCAUCUUGGGGAAAGGAGGGAAGACGCUAGUGGAGUACCAGGAGCUGACCGGUGCCAGGAUCCAGAUCUCUAAGAAAGGCGAGUUCAUCCCUGGAACUCGGAACAGGAAGGUGACCAUCACAGGUUCCCAGGCCGCCACGCAAGCUGCACAGUACCUGAUCAGCCAGCGAAUCACCUACGAGCAGGGGGUACGCGCCACCAACCCACAGAAGGUGGGCUAAACCUGACAGCAAAUGAGAAACAAGGAGGAAAAGAGGGAAAAAAAGAGUGGGGGCUUGGGGGAGGAGUAUAAAAAAAGCGAGAGUGAAAAUGGAAAAAGGAGAGGAGAGCAAGAAUGUCAGAAGAAAUCGUCCACGCCGUUUCCUUCUGCGUGUUUUCAGUAUUCUCUAUUAAAAAAAUUUUUUGAAGCGAAAGCAAAAAUGUGCUGAGAAGACGAGGAGAGAGAGGAGCGAGUUAUCACGCUGAAAAACCAAGAAAAAAAUGUGUAACAUGUAAAUAAGGUUUUAUUACUUAACGU